UUUAUUUUUUUCAAACCAAAACACCAUCGACAAUCUCUUAUAUCAAAACCUAUUACUUAUUAUUAAAUUUGUUGAAGAUGAUGCAUAAGAAGAUGGAGCCAAUAUCGAUCUAAACUCUUAGAGGAAGGAAAAUAUAUUGCUUUUAAAACAUCAAUUCGUCAGGUGAAGUUUCAGAUUCUCUUAUUACUUGUAAAAAAAUAUUUUUUAGUGGUGAAUAAAUAGAGACAACUAGCUAUAAUUGGUACAUGUGUAAUUUUUUUUGUUAAAUUUUUUUUAUGAAUUGUGUUUUCCAAACCAUCGUUUUCCCUAUUGUUGGACUUGUUGAUCCUGCAACAUUGAAAUCUCUGGAAUUGGUGAAAGUCUCUGAAUUAACGACCUUUAAACGCAAGGUAAAACACAAACAUCAAUUAAAAAGUAUAUAUAUGUGUAUAAUAAUAUUAAAUGGUUAAUGCAGAUUGCAAUGGAGAGUAGUCAUAUAAGUGAAGAAGUUUUAGUCGAGGAAGAAGAUGACUUAAUAAGUGAAGACGAAACUUUGGUUAAUGAAUUUGAAGAAGAAGAUGAAAUAGCCAACAACGAGGAUGACGCUCAAACUGAAGAGGUUGCUGCUUUAGAAGCAAAUAAUGAUAAUGAGAAGAAAGAUGAAAUAUAUAUUGGAAUGGAGUUCAGUUCUGAUGAAAUUGCACAUAUAACUUAUAAAAAGUAUGGAGGCAAUCAUGGUUUCAAUGUAAGAAAACAACGGAGGAUGAAGAAAAAAGAGAAGGUAGUAAGGCUUCUUUAUGUUUGCUCAAAACAAGGGUACAUGAAAGAACCUAAGGUCAUAAAAUCUUAUUCACAGCCAAUCACACGGUGUGGUUGUAAUGCUCAUAUGACUUGCUACCUUCAGAAGACCGGAAAAUAUAAGGUUGUGUCUUUCGAGCCGAACCAUAACCAUGAUUUAGUGAAGACACCUAUGAAACAUUUGUUGAAGGGAAAUCGGGUAUUAUCUAUCUCUCAAAAACAACAUGCAGAUGAUGCCGAGAUGUCAGGGAUUUCAGUAAAAGCAACCGUUGAAAUGAUGAGUAGAGAAGUAGGAGGGUAAGUAAAUCUGGGUUUUUUGAAGAAGGAUUAUCAAAAUUACAUAUACCGAAAGCGAAUGGCAAAAAUGGAAAAGGGAGAUGUUGGAGCUGUUUUGGAGUACUUUCAGAAAAAAAAGAGGGUAUGCAUCUUUUUUUUAUUCAAUGCAACUUGAUGAGGAUGAUAUGAUCACUAAUAUCUUCUGGGCAGAUGAUCGGUCUAUAAGUGAUUACAAUCUUUUUGGAGAUGUCGUUUGCUUUGACACAACUUAUAAGACCAAUGACUAUGAAAGACCCUUUGCUCCAUUUGUCGGAGUCAAUCAUCAUAAGCAAACUGUUGUGUUUGGUGCUGCUCUCUUAUAUGAUGAAACCACUGAGUCAUAUAAGUGGCUUUUCGAGACUUUUCUUGGAGCAAUGUCUGGAAAACAACCUGAAACAAUUCUUACAGACCAAUGUGCAGCAAUGGCGAAUGCAAUAGUGAAGGUAUUUCCUGAUACAAAGCAUAGAUUAUGUGUUUGGCAUAUUUACCAAAAUGCUGCAAAGAAGUUGAGUCAUGUAUUUCAUGGAGCAGAACAAUUUGCCAUGAACUUUAGUAAAUGUGUAUAUGACCAUGAGGAAGAAGAAGAAUGGUUAUUGGCAUGGAGUAAUAUGCUCCAGUAGCAUAAAUUGACGGGGGAUAAAUGGUUGAAGAAUUUAUUUGAGCUGAGAGAAAAAUGGGCAAUGGUAUAUGGUCGUCAUACGUUUACAGCAGAUAUGGUGAGCACACAGCGUAGUGAAAGUAUGAAUAAUAUUUUGAAAAAAAUACUUGAAGCAUAGUUAUAACUUGUUGUGCUUCUUUGAACACUAUGAGAGAGUGUUGGAGGAUCAACGAUAUAAAGAAUUAGUUGCUGACUUCAAUAUGAUGCAUACCUCGCCGGUAUUAUGUGCUACUGUAGAGAUGUUGCAACAUGCAGAGGAAGUGUAUACACCAGAAGUUUUUAGCUUGUUCCAGAAGCAAUUCAUAGUUAUCGGUGAUUAUGUUGCCAAAAAGGUUAGUAAGUCUGAGAUGGUGUAUGAAUACAAUGUAUCUUAUCGAGGUGUAGCACGAGAGCAUUUGGUUAAUUAUGAUGCUGCAAACGAGACAAUACAUUGUGGUUGCAAGAAGUUUUCUUUUGCUGGGAUUUUAUGUCGUCAUGCAUUGAAAGUGUUGGACAAGAAGAAUGUUAGAAGAAUUCCAUCUACUUACAUUCUAAAUCGAUGGAGUAAAGAGGCAAAAGCACGAAACAUAUCUUAUUAUCAUUCAGAGUCACCUAAUGAAACAGUCAAGCAAUCGAUUGGAAAGCGAUAUAGCCAUAUAUGUCAUACUUUCCGUGAGAUUGCAUAUGUUGCUGCUGAUCAUAUAGAAAUGACAUUGUGUGCAAAUGAAGAUGCCAUUCAGUUGCUUAAAAAAUUGGAGGAAAAAAAAAAGGAACUUCUGAAAGCUAAUGCAUGGAUGCUCCAAACUUCAGAUGUUGAACUUGUGGAAGAAGAAGAAGAAGAAGACAAUGAUGUUCCAAAUGCACGUGGGGUAAAAAGAAAAGCUCCUGUUGGACGACCAAAAAACAAAAAAGUUGGACCCCAUGGUCGAUUUUUGAGUGUUCUUGAAACAAAAAAUCGGCGUACCACAAAACCAUCAAGUAGUGCUACUGCAAAAAAAAAAUUAUCAUUUCAGGACUCUACUCUUACUCCAGAUACUCAAGUAUUUGGUGCUACCACCAGCUCGACCUUACAUAAUGGGUCAUUUAUUUCACAAGUGUUCCAGGAAUUUGAUAAGAGUUAUGGUGGUUCAUCAUAAAGCUCUGUUAUUUUGCUUUGUUUUUUUUUUCCAAAAUCAUAUUCGAACACCAAAUUCCUUUUGCUAGAUUGAAUUUCUUUCUUCUCUUGUAGAAUCACAAAAUUAGAUUCGUAUCAUUUUAUUAUUUUCUUCUAGAUUGAUCUUCUUUGUUUUUUAUUAUUAUUUUUUUACAACUACAAAUUGUUUGAGGCAACUCCAAAGAAUCUAAGAUGAAAACUCUUAUUAAGUUCUCUCUGUGAUUUGCUCACGAAGAAGACGACUCUUCUGAUAACGUC